CUGUUGGAAAAGUGCACUCUUACCCUGCUUGUCCAUGGAUGACAGUGGUAACAUCACAGCCGGACUCUUUGGAAGAGGGGAGAGAUGGCGGCCGCUGAUGACUGAAAGGAGGCCCACCUUUACCUCUCCGAAUAACCCUGAUGACCUGAGCAGCUUCCUGAGAUUGCGCGUCUUUGUGUUCGUGUACUGAUUGCAUGGAGUCUACUUGCUCCCCAAUGGGGGAGAUGGAGAGAAAGCGUCCCAUUAUAGCUGCACGCGAGAGAGGGCCUGGACCAGGUCGCUAUGCGCUACCGCCCACCGUUGGCUACAUCGGUCAUGACUACACAAAGCCCACUAGCCCUGCCUACUCCUUCCAUCGGAGGAUGAGCAGCAACUUGUACUCCAUAGACUCCAGCCCGGGGCCACAGUACCGCAUUGAUGCGAAAAUGACACGCUUCGGCAGGGAUGGCACACCUUCCUACUCAAUGCUGGGCAGAGCAAGGAGCUCAGCUGGGGUUUUCCAGACUCCAGGACCAGGGGCCUACAGCCCGGAGGCAGCUCCCCCUCUCAACUUGCACAGGAGAGCCCCCUCUUUCACUAUGGGCGCCCGCACCAGCUACCGCUCCGUCGACGCUGUGCCCGCCCCAAACAGAUACACCCUCCCCGCUCUCAUGGGCUCCCACAUGCCCACCCAGCCUUGCAGCCCCAGCUACACCAUCUCUGGGCGCUGUAAGUCCAGGGGCGCGUCCGAAGACAUGGCCAUGACCCCGGGGCCCGGCAGGUACAACAGCACGGACCCCAGCGUGUACCUGCGAAGGCAGCCAGCCUUCUCUAUGCUGGCCCGCUUCACCGUUCCCAGUGACGCCACCCUGAAGCCGGGCCCCGGCACUCACGACGCAGAGAGGGUCGUGAUACACAAGCCCCGCCCACCGUCUUACUCAAUGGGCAUCAGGCACUCGGAGUUCGUCACUCCACUAGUUGUGGAUGUAUUGGACUAAACAUAGCCCUUCACCAUUAGAAUACUGUGGCCCAUUAUCUGCCCGAUCUACCUUUUCUGCCUCUCCUGGAUUUGAUUUCCUCAUUUAAAGUCUCUCUGGUUUGUUUUUUCUUUUUUUUCCCCCCAAAUCCUCCGAAAUCCUGGAAAAUCCUUGAAAAUAUUGCUUUUGUCCUUGGGGACAGAGAGAAAUGGACAAUAACUACAGCCCUGGAAAGAAAGCUAGUUAAAUGGCCAAAAUCAGAAAAUUCCACACAAUUUUAACCACAGUACUGUGUCUGUUGUAAGACGCACUGUCCAUUUUCAAAGAGGUCUGAUAAAAUUGGUAACUCAACUUCUGAAGACAAAGCAUACUUAAUAAUGCAUUUUUAGUAACUGACUAGAUUUACCACAUAUUAAAUCAUAUAUUCCUCUAAUUUUAUUUUUUAAAGCAAUAGCAAUCCUCUGAUCCCAACCCAAUAUUACAAGCAAUACAAGACAAGCAUAACCAUGUUACACAAAAAUAGUAUAUGGUGUAAAAUACAUCAAAGUAUAUAGUAUAAAUACAAAAAGUACAUCUUUAAAUUCAUUAAGAGGAGUGAGUUUCAGUGAUGCUUUCCCUUCCAGAUGAAACAAAAUAAAACACUGACACUGAAAUUUUUUCUGUAACAUUUAAUUUAAAGUUGCUUAAGCAUAUCAAACAGGUAUAUUGACAAAGAUGGUAUUUCCUAUGCACAGCAAACAAAAAAUAAACUUUGCCACACCACUGAAAAUUACACUAAUGUAAUUCUGCCUCCAUUUUUACAAUGAAAAUAAUAGUAAAAUACUGAAAUACACACCAGAAUGAAGCAGUGCAAUGUGGCACACGGAAAAAAAGCAUGGAAUAGAAAAGGAAACGAGACAAUAUCAAGUUGAAAAGAUGGUUCUGGCAUGGAAUCUUGACCAACAGGGUGUAGUUGAGAAGUACAAGGUUAAACUCAAGAAAACAAGUGUUUAAAAUUCAGACUAAGAAAAUAUAUGGAAUUUUGACUGGGCCCAGAAUACAUUUGGAGACAAUUAUCAGAAUUUUCCCAAACCUAUGAAGAAAAGAACAGCAGUUUUCUCCAGUUGCAAUGACAUCACAAAAUUCUUUUUGUGAAGCAGCAACAAAGAGACUGGGAAAAACCUCUCCAUAAGAUUUACCACCUGUUUUGAAGUGCUUCUGAUUGCCCAGACUCUACCCUUCAGUGAAGAUUUUAAUGAACUGAGCCUGAGAUCUACUGUCAGACAAAUGGCUGUUUGUAGGACAGUAUGUUUUAGACAGAGUGUACCAAGAACUGAAACUGCCCUGUGAGACAGCAACACACUCUUAUUAUCCUUCACUCGUACUGAUUAAAAAUAAUUUAAAAAAUGUUGUCAUGCAUGUCAUGACAGGUGACGGAAACUGUAAUACACUGUCAUUUCUACUUAAAAUUCCAUGGAAAUCAGGUUUAGGAAUAUUUCUUCAUCUAAAGAAGAAGUGAGAAAAGCAAGGCAUUCUGUUUACAGCAUGUAUUAUACUGAACACAGGAACACUGAACUAUGGACAACCUACUAUGUCUGAACUACGGUACUGUCCUGAAACAGAAAUAUAUGAAAUAUUUAUUUCAAUGCACUGCCCUGGCAACAUAACAGCCUUGUAGAAGACAGUAAACACACCAGCAGUUUACACCUGUCAAAAUGUUUCAUAGCAGCCAACAACCACUUGUGUCAUAGCUCACACAGAGCUGUAGCCAAUGGUUCGGUUUGAGUCUUCUGGACUAUUCUCCUCUCAGCAGGACAUACUCACCAUGUCACUUUACUUUUCCAUAAUACAAUGAAUUUUGACCAUUAGAAUAUUUUGAUUAAAUAUUUCAUGGACAUAUUCUA